AUGCGAAAGUUGGAAUGGGACGACAUGGGAGUGAAGGUUGAUGGUCGGCAGCUACACCAUUUGCGCUUUGCUGAUGACAUCGUACUGGUAACACCUAGCAUCAGCCAAGCGGAACGAAUGCUGACCGAAUUCGACGAAACAUGUGGAUGUAUCGGUCUUCAGCUGAAUCUACAAAAGACGAUGUUCAUGCGGAACGGAUGGGUCUCGAUGCCCCAUUCACGCUCAACGGAACGAACAUAUCCGAAUGCACCAGCUACGUUUAUCUGGGUCGGGAACUGA